AUGGCUACCAAGUUGUUCUUGUUGAUUGCCGUCUGUGUUCUCCCUGUUAUCGUAAACGCAAACAGGCAACCUUUCCGAAUCGUUGGCAAAGUUUACUGUGAUGCCUGCCGUGCUGGUUUCGAGACGGUUAAAUGCUCUUACAUACCUGGUGCGAGGGUCAAAAUCGAGUGCAAAGAUAGGAAAACUCUGAGCCUGAAAUACAGCGACGAGGCGGAGGCGGACGCCACCGGAACAUACAACAUUUUGGUUGAAGAUGACCACCAAGACCAAAUAUGCUACGUCACGCUUGUUAGCAGCCCUAUUAAAAGCUGCGCAGUUCCGGACACUAGACGUAACAGGGCCACCGUUAUUCUGACCCGUAGCAACGGUGCCGUUUCCAACAUUCAUUCUUCAAAUGCAAUGGGAUUCCUCCAGGAUACGCCGGCCGCUGGUUGCCAAGAACUGCUCCACAGUUUACAGCACGAUGAUGAAUAAAAUCAUUUAAUAUUUGAUCUUUUCGUAUUUUAACCUCUCUUUCUCUU